AGUCCAACAUGGCGGAGGCGUAGCCUUGCUUCUGGGCGCUGUGAUGUUGCAAUGGAGCAAACAAUUGACUUUCACUUCUUUGCAACAGGCUAUACGUUUUUUGACAAAACACCGGUCUUGAACCUCAAACCGCAGUCUCCCGCUUGAAAGUCGUGUGUUUGUUUGACCCAUACACCUCCCCACCCACCAUAAAUGGUCUUUCUCACUUUAUAUACUAAGUAACUAGCUCUGAAGUUAGAUUUCCAUCAUUAUACAACACAUAACAAACGUAAGAUGAUAACCGUCACUACUAAACUCUGCAUGCAGGCGUGUAAUAUUCAUGUCUAGGCGACACAAAAUGAAACACUGACACGCUUUCUUCCGGUGGACAGGCGUGUCUAUUAUACAGUUUGCUGUGAGACUUGGCUGAUAUAUGAUAUUGUGGAUUACGGUGAUUUUUCUAACCUUAAAGCUUAAGGGGAAAUAAAAGGGAAAAGCAGAUGUUAAGGGGUUUUGUCUGAUCAUCUUAUUUACUGUAAAGCAAAUAUAGCUUGAAAAGGCUGUUAUCAUGCUUCCUGAUGCUGUGUAGUUUCCACUAUAUGUUUCCAUGAUAAAUAUCAAUAUUGGGAAAUAUUGGUGUCCCUGUAAUUUAGAGGUCAGUUUGGGGAUCAAAUUCAAACAUAUUACUCAUGUUUGCCCUUAAAACCAUUCCACUUAGUAUCCAGUAGGGGGAGUUGCUGCAUAUCUAAUUUGUCUGUCUGUGGACUAAAACUUGAAUCUUUUUCCAUCUGAAGCUCCGAUACUUUCUAUUUGAUUUGAAGAAAAAGCGAAAUCUACAUAAACCUUAAUACACUUUGUUCCUUUCAUGUAUCCUGUAACAGAUCUACUGCGAGGUAGCAGAUAGUUUAGAUUCUCAGAUUUAGAAGUUGAGGCACUUAAACAUCAUUUUCUGUUCAGCUAAACGUUCAUAAUGUCAUAAUGACAUUACAUAACAGGUUUCAGUUGGUCUGAAAGUGAUAAAAGUAAUGCAACUCGUUAAUGUUUCAUCAUAUUCCAAGCUCUGUUAAUGAAUAGCAGAAUAUGUGCUCUCAUUCGUCAGGGUAGGCCAAAUACAAUGUGGCAUUAAGCCUUAAUAGUUUUAUUUUGCAUCAGUAUUGUUGGUGUUAUAUAAGAGGUCAAACUCUUAACAAUACUUAACAUCAAGCUGCUCCAAAUCUGUGCUGUGAGACUACUUUAUGUGGAAGGGAACUACAUUUAAAAGGUUGCCAUUAAAUUAAAAGGAGAUUAAAUCCACCAUGCAUUAUAUUCUAAUAGUAACACAACUAUAAAAACAUGGGACAAUAAGGCAUUUUGUGUUGAUAAUAAAGAUAUAUCUGAUGGAACAGGUAGAAGGUGUGCAGUCUGAAAUAAUUGGAGAUAAUAUUCCUGGUGUGUUUCUCCCAGAGAUCUGUCUUCUUGUAGAUUGAAAUGACUGUGUGUUAAUUCUGGCAACUGUAUGUGUGCAUACCUGUGUGUGUGCACCCUGAUGGGACACUCCUGUCCUCCCCAUCAGACGCACUGAGCCUCAUCUGGUGGGACAACCUUUGGCUUCCUGCCGGCUAACUUUAGCCUCACAGCUUGCAUGGUCUCUCUAAGCCUGUUUUGGGGUUGUGGUGUGCCAAAGUAGAUUUACCUUCAAUAACCAUUUAUUAAAUCUCUAUCCAUUAGACUCUGAGGCUUCGUAAGAGCCGGCUGCAUUAAGCCUGAUUAUGGGAUGCCCCGGCAGAGGAAAAGGGUCUAUGUGUCAAGUGUGUCAUCGAGUGAUUUAUAUCCCUGGCUGGGAUCUCUGUCUUUGUCAGUUGGGAGUAAAGCUGCAGAGAGGAGAGAGAGAGAAGCGCUGAAACCUUUAAUGAUGGGGUUUUUUUAAGUGUGAAUCCAGAGGUUGCUGUCAUGCCUUGGUUCUGUAGCGGGUAUCUGGGGUUUCUGUCUGUUUCUGACGUUGAUGCUGAACCCUGACCUUUCGCCAGUCUCGAAGGAUCCCUUUCUGAGUCAGUUUGACUUGAAUUCUUCAAGUCUUCAACAUGGACGCCAAGGGCCAGAGUACCAACUUUAAACGGGGCUCCCUCAAACGCACCGUGUCUGGCUCGCAGAAGGCACAAAAAGUUUGGAUUGAGAGGACCUUUAAUAAAAGAGAAUGUAUUCACAAAUUUCCCACCAAGGACCCGACCAGAUGUGCCUGUGGUCAGCUGAUGGUGCAGCACCCGGCCAUCCCGGCUGGUGCCAACUCACUAGAGGAGGCGAACCAGCUGGUGCAGAUCGACACCCCAAAGGAUAAAUGGAGUCAGAUCAAGCACACCAGGACCUACCCGACAGACGCCUUUGGCUUAAUCGAGUUCCAGGGUGGAGGGUUCAUCAACAAGGCCAUGUAUAUACGAGUCUCCUAUGACACCAAACCUGACAACCUCCUGCACUUGAUGGUGAAGGACUGGCAGCUGGAGCUGCCCACCCUGCUCAUCUCCGUACACGGAGGCCUCCAGAACUUCGACCUCCAGCCCAAACUCAAGCAAGUGUUUGGCAAAGGCCUGAUCAAAGCCGCCGUCACCACCGGAGCUUGGAUCUUCACGGGUGGCGUCAACACGGGGGUGAUCCGUCAUGUUGGAGACGCCUUAAAGGACCACUCCUCCAAGUCACGAGGGAAAGUGUGCGCUAUAGGGAUCGCUCCAUGGGGGAUCCUGGAAAACAAAGAGGAUCUCAUCGGAAAAGAUGUAAACAAACCCUAUCAGACGAUGGCGAACCCAUUGAGCAAGCUUGCCACGCUCAACAACAGCCACUCCCACUUCAUCUUGACUGACAACGGCACCUGUGGGAAGUACGGCUCAGAGGUCAAACUCCGCCGGCUGCUUGAGAAGCACAUCUCCCUGCAGAAGAUCAACACACGUUUGGGUCAGGGGGUUCCUCUAGUGUGUCUGAUAGUGGAGGGAGGUCCCAAUGUGAUCUCCAUCGCACUGGAGAGCCUGAGAGACGAGCCUCCCAUCCCCGUGGUGGUGUGCGACGGCAGCGGCCGCGCUUCCGACAUCAUUUCCUUCGCACACAAGUUCUCAGAGGACGGAGGCCUGGUUAAUGAUGACGUCAGAGAGCAACUUUUGGUGACUAUUCAAAAGACUUUCAACUAUAGCAAAAGCCAGUCGCAGCAAAUCCUGCUCAUGGUUAUGGAGUGCAUGAAGAAAAGGGAACUGAUCACAGUUUUUCGAAUGGGUUCAGAGGGACAACAAGAUAUUGAAAUGGCCAUUCUUACCGCCUUGUUAAAAGGCACGAACGCUGCAGCAGCUGACCAGCUUAGUUUGGCUCUGGCCUGGAACAGAGUGGACAUUGCUCGCAAUCACAUCUUUGUUUACGGACACAAUUUACCACCUGCCGGUGCCAUGGCCACCGCUACGACUGCUGUAGUCCCGGCCCAGGAGAAACAGAAGAGUCCCGCCAGUGCUCCUCGAAACAAAGCCCGGGGGAAGAAGGGAAAGGGGAAGGGAAAGGCAAAGCCUGAACCACCAGAGGAAACAGACCCUAGGAAGUUGGAGUUGAUUCGUUGGGUGAACUCUCUGGAGCAGGCUAUGAUGGACGCUUUGGUGCUGGACAGAGUGGACUUUGUCAAACUGCUCCUCGAGAACGGGGUCAACAUUCACCACUUCCUCACCAUUCCCAGACUGGAGGAGUUGUACAACACGAAACUUGGCCCUGCUAAUUCACUGAAUGCUGUGGUUAGGGACGUCAAAAAGGGUAACCUUCCUCCAGAUUAUCAGAUCACUUUGAUUGAUAUUGGUCUGGUGCUGGAGUGCUUCAUGGGUGGAGCUUACAGGAGCAAUUACACCAGGAAAGCUUUCCGCCACCUCUACAAUAAUUUGUACGGACUAAAAAGGCCAAAGGCGCUGAAGCUUCUAGGAAUGGAGGAUGAUGAACCGAGGGGCAAGGGCAAGAAAAAGCAGAAAAAGAAGAAAGAGGAAGAGGUGGAGAUUGAUGUGGACGACCCCGAGGUCUGUCGAUUCAAGUUCCCCUUCCAUGAGCUGAUGCUGUGGGCGGUGCUGAUGAAGCGCCAGAAGAUGGCGCUGUUUCUCUGGCAGCGUGGAGAAGAAGCUAUGGCGAAAGCGCUGGUGGCCUGUAAACUGUACAAAGCCAUGGCCCACGAGUGCUCCGAGAGUGAACUGGUGGAUGACAUCUCCCAAGACCUGGAGAACAACUCCAAGGAAUUUGGCCAGCUUGCCUACGAGCUGUUGGACCAGUCCUACAAGCACGACGAACAGGUGGCCAUGAAACUCUUAACAUACGAGCUGGUCAACUGGAGCAACUCCACCUGUCUGAAGCUGGCUGUGGCUGCUAAACAACGGGACUUCAUCGCCCACACCUGCAGCCAGAUGUUGCUCACCGACAUGUGGAUGGGCUGCUUAAGGAUCGGCAAAAAUCCCGGCCUCAAGGUUAUUCUGGGGAUCUUCUUUCCUCCUCUGAUUCUACUGUUGGAUUUCCGUCUUGGAGAUGAUGCAUCCUAUCAAGCACCUGAAAGCCAAGAAAAGGGAAAAGACAAGGAUGACGACGCAAAAUCCAGCAAGGAUCCUAAUAACGAUGCAACCUCCCGAAAGGGGGAUGAAGAGGAGGGCAACACUAAUGUCCGCAAAAUCCCCAUUGCCAAAAGGUUCUUUGAGUUUUAUAACGCGCCAUUCACCAAAUUCUGGUUCAACACUAUUUGCUAUCUGGGCUAUUUGAUGUUGUACAACUACAUAAUCCUGGUGAAAAUGGAGCGAUGGCCGUCUUUACAAGAGUGGACUGUCAUUGCAUACAUCCUCACACUUGGCUCUGAGAAAAUCAGACAGAUUCUGAUGUCAGAGCCGGGGAAGCUGAGGCAGAAGAUAAGUGUGUGGCUGGAGGAGUACUGGAACAUCACAGACUUGGCUGCUAUCUGCACCUUCCUCUUUGGGUUAAUGCUGCGGCUGCAGCACGAACCGUACAUGGGCAUCGGCAGAGUCAUCUACUGCAUAGACAUCAUCUUCUGGUACAUCCGUGUAUUGGACAUCUUUGGCGUCAACAAGUACCUGGGACCAUAUGUGAUGAUGAUAGGGAAGAUGAUGAUAGAUAUGAUGUACUUUGUGGUGAUCAUGCUGGUGGUGCUCAUGAGCUUCGGUGUGGCUCGACAGGCCAUCCUUCACCCCGACGAGGAGCCAACAUGGCGCCUGGCCAGAAACAUUUUCUACAUGCCCUACUGGAUGAUCUACGGAGAGGUUUUUGCGGACUCGAUAGACCGUAAGACUAGAAUUCAUAUCUAUGCGAUGGAAAUCAACCCUCCAUGUGGUGAACAUCUAUAUGAUGAAGACGGGAAGAAACUGCCUCCAUGUAUCCCUGGCGCCUGGCUCACACCUGCCAUUAUGGCCUGUUACCUACUCGUGGCAAACAUCCUCCUGGUCAACUUGCUCAUUGCGGUGUUCAACAACACUUUCUUAGAAGUGAAGUCCAUUUCCAACCAGGUGUGGAAGUUCCAGAGAUAUCAGCUGAUCUUGACGUUUCACGACCGUCCCAUCCUGCCGCCGCCGCUCAUCAUCUUCAGCCACCUCUACAUCCUCUUCAACCGGCUGUUUCGGCGGUGUGCCAGGAAGAGACAAGAGGGAGAGCUGGAUGAGAAGGACCGCGGACUCAAGCUUAGGCUGAAUCCAGAGGAGCUCAAAAGUCUGUUCGAGUUUGAAGAACAGUGUGUGGAGGAAUAUUUCCGUGAGAAAGAGGACGAGCAGCAGUCCUCCAGUGAUGAACGCAUCAAGGUUACCUCAGAAAGAGUUGAGAAUAUGUCUAUGCGUCUGGAGGAGGUGAAUGAGAGGGAGAACACUAUGAAGGCCUCCCUGCAGACGGUGGAUCUGCGCCUGGCACAGCUGGAGGAGAUCCACGGACGAAUGGCGGUCGCCCUGGAAAAGCUCGCAGGCGUGGACAGGCUGGAAUUGACCAGAACCUAUUCACGAAACUCCUCAGUGGGCGACCCCUCCUCCCUACUUCGUCAGGGCAGCAUUAACAGCGCUGACGGUUACAGUCUUUACCGCUUCCACAUGGAUAUGGAGGAGUAUGCAGGGAAGCAGUCAGAUGAGACAACUAAAACUAGCGUAGAAAGACAGAGAAGUCUGCGGCAGGCGUCCAACAUUUCUACUCUCAACCCAAAGGAAGGUGGUCAGACCUUAGAGGUUGGCGGCUUGGACAGGUCACGACCAAGUUCAUGUGUGGACAUUCUCAUAUCUCCGUGUGAACAAAAGCCUAUUUCUGCAGCAUCAAGUGAAGAGACCAUAAAACACGGCAGCACAGUGCUGCUAGAUAGACUAAAGCCUUCUUCUCCACCAAAAAGGUCUAAAUCCUUGAAACACUAUCCAGUCGAAAACCAACCCACUUCUCCUUUGACAAAGAAGAGGACUAUGAGCACCAUCAUUGUCAGCCCUCCUGAUGAACCAGAGGAAGGAGAAGAACCCACAACGAGGGCCCAACUUCCGUCGGGAAACUCCUCUUCCCCAAAGAGGACUAAAUCAUUGAGAUAUAUUCCUACCGAAACCCACAACCAGAUUUCCCCAAUCACUAAGAAGAGAGCCAUGAGCGGCAUCAUCUACCAGCCAGCCGAAGCAGGUGAUGAUGUACAAACUGCAGACUACAAGUCAGUAGUAGAGCAGGUCACUAAAACACCCAAUCAGUGGCCAGCGAACUUGGAGUACCAGGUGCUCCCCAGCACUGUUGGUCACAUCCCUAAAGUGUCAACAGUCAGGGCUCUCGCCCAGCAGUUUCAAGCCGGCACUGCACCAGAACAGGGGAAUCAGACGGAUCAUAUUCCUUUAGAAAGUAAGGGAGCUCCUCCAGCAGCAGAACCCGCACCAGUCCAAACAAAGAUGAAGGCCAAGAGAAUCCUCUCAGACACGACAGACUAUCUGACUGUAGCCGAUGCCAAGUAUCCGUCUCACAGAUCGCAUAGCUUUAACUCCAGCGAGAGGAAAGCAAAGGUGGUUAGCAAGGAGCCGAGAGCCUCCAGCAGCGAGAGGGACCUCGUUGACGCCUGCAAGGAAGCAGGGGAAGAUGUGGGGAAGAAGACGGAGGCAGAGGAGAAAGAAGAUGAUGGACGGGAAAAGAAAUAAGCGAGGGGAGAUAAAACAGAAUGAGGAAAAAAUGUAUAUACAAGGAAGAGGAACUGAAUGCUACCAGCGAAGCAGAGAACUGACUGAGUUUAUGAUUUUUAAGAUUUCACAAUAAUGAUAAAAAUAGAAAGACAGUUAUGAAAAAUCAUUACCAAACUCUUAACAUUUUCAACCAUGCAGUUAAUGUCAGUUGGCAGUAGUGAAUAUCAACACAACUCUCUCUUUAAAGAUCCACUUUCUUUACUUUCUU